AUGUCCUCCCUCCCUCCCACCCUCCCUCCCCCUCUCACCUCCACCUCUGUCUCACCGAUCAGUGACUGUUAUUUUUCAGACACAGACUUCGAAGACAUCGAAGACAAGGACAUGUACAAGUCCAUGCUCAAACGCGACGAACGCCGCUUCAAGAACGCCGACCGAGACCAUGACGGCAUCGCCACUCGUGAGCAGUUCACUGCCUUCCUUCACCCCGAGGAGUACGACUACAUGAGGGAUGUGGUGGUGCAGGAGACAAUUGAAGACAUCGAUAAGAACGGAGACGGAAAGAUCAACCUGGACGAAUACCUGGGUGACAUGUACACACCAGAGAGUGGGGAGAGUGAGCCUGAGUGGGUCCAGACGGAGAAGAAACAUUUCAUAGAGAUCAGAGACGCCAACAAGGAUGGCUUUUUAGAUGCUGGUGAAGUUGCCAACUGGAUUCUGCCUGGUGAGGUUGACCACGCUGACAAUGAAGCCAAACAUCUGAUCCAUGAAACAGACACAGACAAGGACGGUCAGCUGUCUCUCUCUGAACUCACGGACAAGAUGGACUUCAUCAAGAGCAGCACCAUCACAGAUUACGGCGGCAUGAGGGUGGAUGAGCACGACGAGCUGUGAAAAGGUGGAGAGGGUUUUUACAGAUGGGUGGAGGAGCAGCAGACAAAUACAUACAUAAAUAUAGAAAUAUAUAUGAAUUCAUACCAUCAGGUCAGGUCAUCGUUGAAGGUCACGCAGUGAUGAUCUACAAACACAUGGAAAAAAAACUGCCAGACAGAAAAACUACAAAGACAAAUAACAGGAAUUUUGUGUCUUUUCUUUUUUUAUUCAGGUCAAUUUGUUUUCCUUGUUUCUGUCUCUGCCUCAAACAAACUGUUCAAUAAAAAUUGUCAGUUCAAAGUCCA